AAUGGACACAUCCGGUUGCUAGCCGAGGUAGCUUACUGCUAAGAUUAUGGAGGCAGUGCAUUUCUGUUUCCUAUGACCGGCCCGCUACACACCUGGCCUUUUUGUCAAGACUCUGCUACACUGUAGAUACUUUUAAUCCUGCUCGGGAUCCAACCAGCCUGUCGUCAAACCAAAAGAGGCUUUACAUGUACUCCUCACACUCCAGGAUUCAGUGUGCCAUGCUAGAGGCAAUUGAAUCCAAUUGUACUACUUGAGGAACGCUGACAGAUCACACACGAACAGUAAGGGCGAUCCUAGCACUAGGUUGGUGAAAAUUUGACAAUGACCAGCCUGUUCAGGCGAAGCAGUAGUAAUGGAGGAUCUAGAAGCACUGGUGGAGGUGAUGGACAGAGCGAGCUUAACAACACCAGACCCAACCGCCAGGUCCGCCGACUGGAGUUCAACCAGGCAAUGGAGGACUUCAAGAUCAUGUUCCCCACAAUGGAUUAUGAAGUAAUCGAAUGUGUCUUGCGUUCCAACAAUGGUGCUGUGGAUUCCACCAUUGACCAGCUUCUACAGAUGAGCAUUGAUGGACAGACUACAGAUGAUAGCUCAGACUCUGAUGACAGCAUCCCACCAGAGAUUCUGGAGAGAACGCUUGAACCAGACAGUUCAGAUGAGGAACCACCGCCAAUCUACUCACCACCAACAUAUGAUAUGGACAUUUUUGAUAGUAAAUACCCAGAAGCCCCACCAAAACCCCCACCAAGAUUUGAAGCCCAACAACAACUUUCAGGUCCCAAGCAGGUCAAAAACUUAAGGAAUUGGAACCCUCCAUUGCUUGGAAAUCUCCCAGAUGAUUUCCUUAGGAUCCUGCCUCAGCAAUUAGAAAGUAUAAAGAGUACUCAGGCUGAGCUUUCCCAGCUUGGAACAUCACCAUCCUCAUCUUCAGUCUCUUUGAGUAAAAUGACAGGCCAGUCAAGUUCUCAGUCUAGAGUUGAAGGCACAACUCGUGCUCCAGGUGUGACGGCAAUAGCUACAGAGCAAGACAAGAAACUGAAGCAGUAUCUGGAAGAUGAGCGCGUUGCGCUUUUUCUACAGAACGAGGAGUUCAUGAGAGAACUGCAGCGAAACCGGGAGUUUCUUGUUGCCUUAGAGAGAGAUCGCUUGAAGUAUGAAUCAAAGAAAUCAAGUAAUUCAUCUGGCUCGGAGAAUUGCCCAGAGGCUGUGUCAGAAGAUGCCCUGUUCAGAGACAAACUUAAACAUAUGGGCAAAUCUACAAGAAAGAAGCUUUUUGAAAUUGCCAAAACGUUCUCAGAAAGGACAAAGAGAAGAAAGUCAAAAAGGAGAACACUUCUGAAGCAUCAUUCGUUGGGUACCGCUCAUUCCACAGCCAAUCUCCUUGAUGAUGUGGAAGGAAACUCCUGUGAGGAAGAAUGUCAAUCAAGAAGAGCAACCACUCAGGAAGAAAACGGGCAACGCAGUGAGACAGAGUCAUGAUCCUCCCAUGCUCCACCAUAUAUUGUUACCAUGGUGACAGUGGAACGGUCUAUUGGUGUAGGUAUUGAAGCUCUUCCUAUAACCCACUACACUCAGCCCCACCCUGAUACCAGGCAAGACGUCCAACCCUUCUUUCUAAGGAAAAGGCCUGGACUCACAAAACAGAUUGGUACUAACUGUCAUUAAAAAAAAAAAAUUCUGUAUAAUGAUAAUUUGAUGAUAUACCAUGUUAAUUGCAAUAUGAUAAGUAUUAGUCUCUAUCCUUAUUUUUUUUAACCCUGUCCUCAAAACCUCUCCUUAGGGGUUUACUAACUAUAGCAAGAGAUUGUUUCUACCUUUGUUACUUUUCUCUUUACAGUAGCAUAUUCUGUUUGUGAUUAGGCAUCCUCAGGAUGGGCAUUUCAAAUCCAAGACAUGGAAAAUGCCCCUUUAUAUACACAACUGUAUCAUGAGUAUUUACCAUGUUAGAUUUCGUCCUCCAACAACUGGGGGUUACAGAAAUAUAUAUUUUUAUGCAUCCAGAUAUUGUGGUCAUUAAAGCUGUAACUGUCCAAAAGUC